GUAUAAACACCGAGUUAUGGACGAGUUCUCGUAGGUGCAACAUUGGCGCCUGGUACACUCCCAAGGGGCAAGCGGCCCAACAGACCCAGCGGAGCCAAGCUCGCAUCGCCUCCAUCCCUGUCCCUCUUCAUGUCUGUCAAUCUCUCGCCCAGUCGUCCGCACCGCUUCAGGGCCUCGUGGGGGCAGCUAGCCGCUAGGAACAGCGCCUCGUGGGUGGAUCGGGUGAGCUGCAAGCCCCCUGUAACUUGUAAGUGCCAAGUGCCAGCGGAACCGAUGCGCCAGGGGGGGAGGGUUGCACCAAACAGGUAUCGUACACAGGUUGCGUCGGCCGCCCUAGUUACUGGUACCCGCAGUGCCCCUCGCAUUCCGGUGUGGUCCCUGGUACUCCAUACCUCUGGAUCGGAUGCCAUGCAUGACUUUUUUUGGACGGCAUUGAAUGUUUUGGGCGCCGUUCCCAAUUCUGAGCCAUCUGAUCUUUUUUCUUUUUUCUCUUUUUGUCUCUCUUUCGUUUCUUUGGUUUGUCAUUUUCAUUUCGUUUCUUGUUUUUCCCUAUUAUUCAUUUGUUUCUUUUGUCGUUUCUUUUUCCACUGUCUCUGUUUCUGUUUUCCGUUUUCGUCUUCUUUUCCUAAACCCUCUUCCGCCAUCUCUUCCCCCCUGCCCUAGAGGCAGCCUCUCUCCAUCCUCCUCAUCCAAUUCUCCCUUCAAAAACAAUUCCGCUGUUUGGAAUUCACAUUUCACCUCAGAAAUCAUGGCCGCCGGUGUACGGACAUACACAGCUAUCCUUGCUGGCAUCUGCUACUUCGUCACGAUUCC